AUGGGGCGCACUGAGCAAAGCGAUGAUGACGACUACGAGGAUGAGGAUGAGGAGGCGGCUGGGGACAGCUGCGACCCGGAGCAGCCGCGGCAACAGCAGCAGCAGGAGCUGCGGCGGGACGGCAGCGGCCAGCAGCAGGUCGCCAGCCCGCCCGCAAACGGCUGCAAGGCCGCCGCAGAGGAUGGGUUCUGCGGUGGCGCGGGCAGCGACUGCUUCCCAGUGCCCGGCGCCUCUGCGCCGCACAGCGCGGCGGCCACCCCCACCAAGCAGCGGCCGCCAGCGCGCGGCCUCGCGCCAUCCCCCGGGCCCCCGGCGCUCGAGUCCCCGCCGUCCGUCGCGCGCGGCGCCGUGUCGGCGGCCGCCGCGGGGGCGCGCGCAUCCCCGGGCUCUUGCAGCGCCGUGCUGCAGGGCAGCGUCACGGCCGCCGCGCUGGCGUCGCCGUCGCAGUCGAUCCGCCCUGCGCGCCGCAGCCGGCCGUCGUGCACGCCCGGUGACGACGCAGACAGCAGCUGGCAGGCGGCGCGCGCGGCGGGCGCCGCUGAGGCAUCCUGGCGGGAAAGCGCAGAAGGCCAAACCGCCGACCUGCCGGGCUCGGCGGGCCGGCGGCAGUGGCACGAGCAGCAGCAGCGGGAGCCGCAGGAGCAGCAGGGGCUGCGCCCUUUGGGUGCGCCCGAGCCGCUGCGCGCCUCGGCUCUGUCGGACCUGCUGAGCUCUGGCUCGGGCGACUCGGCGUGCUGGGGUGAUGGCGGCGGCGCUGAUGUCAGCGUCAGCUUUGCCGGCAUGGGGCUGGCCGGCCCGCGUGCGAGCAACGGCCGCGGGCCGGGCGCGAGCGGUACCAGCGGCGCGCGGGCGGGCGGCGACGGCGCCAGCGGCGGGCGCGGGCCUGGCCCCGGGACGGGCGGUAGCAGCGCUUUGAGCGCCGGCAGCUUUGAGGGCGGCUACGACUCGAGCAGCCGGCACGAGCCGCCGCAGCGCGGGGCCCCAAGCAGCGCGGUUGGCGGGAGCGCAGGCGCGCGCCGCAGCCUGAAGGCCGUGUUUGGCCGCAGCAGCAUGCGCAGCUACCACAACCCUGUGGCGGCCGAGAGCCUUGAGAACGCGCAGGACAUGGCGCGCGUCUUGCGGGGCUCCCUGCUGCGGUCAGAGGACGCCCUGGCCCGCGCCCGCGACACGUCCCUGGACACCGGCGGCAGCGGCGUCAGCGGCAGUUUUGCGUCUCGCAGCCCGGCGCGGGGUUCCCCUGGCAGCCUGCUUCUCGGCACGGCGGCGGCGGCGGCGGGGGCGGCGGCGAGCACGCCGCUGGCGCGGCGCGGGUCGGGGGACUCGGACGAGGCGCGGCUGGCGGCGGGCGCGCGGCGGCGCCGCAGGUGGCAGGUGGCGGCGGGCGGCGCGGCCAGCCCCGGGGCUGCGAUUUUCGGUGUUGCUGCGGAUGGCGCCGCGCUGCACCCCCAGCCGACGCGGGAAGAGCAGCAGCAGCAGCAGCAGCAGCAGCAGCAGCAGCAGCAGCAGCAGCAGGCGCGCCCCGCCCUGCGUGCACUUUCAGGGGAGUGUGCGGUGGAGGUACCCGAUGGCGGCGCGGCCAAGGCCCCAGGGAAGGGGAACGUGUUUGUGAACCCGCUGUUUGCGUCUGUCGCGCUUGGGUCCCCAUCCGUUAGCCUCGGUUGA